GAGUUUCACUGAGUGUCGAGUCGCACAUUGCGCUGAAAUCGAGUGACUCGCCAAAAACGACGCAGCUCUUUUUAUUUCUGCGGCUGUUUCUGGCAUCAGCAAAGCGUCGGGUUGCGGAUCAGACUGAAGUUGUGCAGAAAGAAAAAGUCCCACGAGAAAAACACUUCCCCAAAAUAACGGCCCCAUCUGUCACAUCCUGAAGUGGACGCCGUGGUCACGUGACGCGACUUUCACAUCUGCACUGGAGCGAGUCUGUGGUCGUCUUUCACCUCGAGGAUGAAUUUUGAGCAGCCCCCUCCGUACACAGGCCCCACCGCCCCGGGUUACCCCCCCCAGGGCCCGCCUCCUCCACAGGGAUACCCGCCGCAGGGGUACCCGCCUCAGGGAUACCCGCCUCAGGGGUUCCCGCCGCAGGGUCCCCCCCCGCAGGGGUACCCGGCCCACCCCGGGGGCCCGUACCCGACCACGGAUCAGCCGUACCCGGGUCAGCCGCAGUACUGGCAGGGAGGACCCCCCCCGGCCCCGAUGUACGGAGAGGCCCCAAAAAACACAGUGUACGUGGUGGAGGAUCGCAGGAGGGACGAUGACACGUGUCUGACGGCGUGCUGGGCGGCGCUGUGCUGCUGCUGCCUCUGGGACAUGCUGACAUAACUCUGAACUACAUUACCCAUAAGCCCCUGUAUCUGUGCCUAUGACUCCCUCUCCUCCUCCUCUCCUCCUCCUCCUCUCCUCUCCUCUUCCUCCCCCUCCUCCUCCUCCUCCCCUCCUCUCCUCCUCUCCUCCUCUCCUCCUCCUCUCAUUUGCCUUAAAUCAGACCUAAUGUGCUUGUGUCUCUAUAGUUCUAAUCUCUGUCCGCUGAAUUCUACGUUAGAAAACUGUGGCGUCCAAUAGGAGCUGACGUCGCCGUAAACGUCGUCACAGUAAAGAGGCGUGUAGCUGUAGCGCCCCCUAUGGACAGAUGCACGUCACACUAGAGCAGAGCAUUUUUUUAAACCAAAAUGACGACGCGACGCUGCAGAAUCCUACGAGUAUCAACGAGAAAAUAAAACUGGAGAAGGAAGUGCGGACGUCACAGGGGGCGUGUCACAGUGGGCGUGUCACAGUGGGCGUGUCACAGUGGGCGUGUCACAGUGGGCGUGUCACAGGUGGAGGUUAAACGGGCAUAUUGACAAAAUGGCGUCUUGAAAAUAGUCGAUUAAAGAUUAAACUCAAACAUGAAUCAGUCCAAAUAAAACUUCAGAGAGACUCAAUGAGUCGGAAACAAUUAUAACAUGUUUUGAACAAUAGGUCUGCUUUAAACGGCUCUGCUCCCUCUCCCCCUCUCUUCCUCUCUCCUCCUCUCUUCUUCUCUCUCCCUUUUUCCCUCUCUCCUCCUUCUCUCUCCCUCUCUCCUCCUCUCCUUCUCUCCUUCCCUCAUCAACCCUCUUUCCCGUCUCUCCCUCCUCCUCUCUCUUCCUCUCUCCUUCUCCUCCUCUUGCUCUCUCCUCUGCUCUCCGUUUCCCCCUCUCUCUUCCUCUUCCUUCGCUCUCCUCCUCUCCUCCUCCUUCUCUUCUUCUAUAAAUAACAGACAGAUCCUUCUGGGAGGUGUCGUCCUCGUGGUCCUGGUUUAGUUUGACCGAUGGCUGUGACUUUGAACGUCCAGGUCCAGAGGCUUUUUCUGUGUCUGCGUCAAAGGAUGAAAAUGAGCCCUGGCUAUAAUCCUGCAUAUUUCCAGGUGUGGGAUUCGUUCCUCAUGCUUCUGUUCUUAAUAUGCAUUGUCCCUUCAUUAAAUAAUAAACAAAUAAAAAACAAACAAACAAACAAACUCUGCAGCGAUGGACGACACUUCUCAGAAUCACUGUGUUCACACUUCCUCUACAAGACUUUAUGUAGACCUGGUUUAGUCCUGGUCUAGUCCUGGUCUAGUCCCAGUUCUGAUGCGUUUUGUGGAGGUGUGGACACAGUGGACACAGUGGACACGGUGGACACAGUGGACACAGUGGACUCUGUUGUCUCUGUUCUGUCUGUGGUGGAGCCAUUUUAGGGAAAUGUUUGUCAUUUUCAUUGUGAUUUUACAUAUUUAGUUUAAAAUAAUCCCAUUUGUCAGACACGUUCACGUCUGUUCUGACCCAGUGCGAUUUCUGUCCCACGUCUUGUGUGAAGUUAAGUCCUUUCCUCACAUUUACACUGCAGCCGUAACAUGAAAAUCUACAAACUGUGGAUUUUUUAAAACCUGUAGCACCAAAAAAAGAAACUAACCUUUAUGUUCCUGUCACGUAACCGAUAUAAAGAUGUUUGUUUUUUAUGAACGUACCACUUUUAGCACAAAUCUCUUCGUUAAACGGUCCUUUCAUUUCAGAAACGUGUAGCAUUUCCAGUUUGAGGUCCCUAAAAUGGCCGCCGCGCAGACUCACUGUUCCGUCGUAUCUUUGACACAUCAAUGCAAACUCACGAUAGACUCAGGCUCUGUGGCACUUUAUGAAGAUAUGACUUCUGCCCCUCGGUCCGUGCUCUUUACGAUACUCUGCAGCGACGUCGCACUGGGGGGGUUCUGCAUGUAUGUCUGUGGAGGAAUGCUCAGCAGUUACCAUGCCGACACAACGCACACUUUAGUAAACACAGCCUGAUAUGUUUUUAGAAUGUCUGAAAUAUACAAAAUAGUUUUUAACGACUCCCGCAGCCUGAGACGAGCUUCAGUCAGAGCAGUGCCUCCUGUUAGCUUCACCCCUCCAGAGAAUGUUGAAGGCGUCGGCUGCAAAGUAUCCCCGCCCCCUCGCUCCACGUUCAGGCCACUCCCUUUGACUGAAUCCAAACCCGCCUCGUUCUGAAUCACGUGACUCGUCGGUUGGUAAAGAGCCGCUGACUCCGGCUCCGGCUCUUUUGCACCGCGGCUCCUGAUUCUUUUGCACAGCGGCUCAGUUUGCCAUGUUUGUCUUCAGGUGAAAUCACAACCACAAAUCCAAUGCAUUUUUAAAGAUGUCACUGAUGUAACUGUGACUUAUGUUGACUGUUGAUCUUUUAUUUCAAGAUGAUCUUAAAAUGUUUAUGCUGUUUUUAUUUGAUGGGAAAUAUUUAAUACCAAGUUACUAAUACUAAGCUAAUGUGAAAACUGAAGAAACCAAAUGUAAUGUAAUGUAAUGUAAUAAUUUAAGUAAAAAUCUUGCAUUAAAAUCUUGAA